UAUACGUGUAUGUGUAUGUGUAUGUGAGCGUGUGUCUGUCCGUGUGACUCGUAAUAUGUGUCAAGAGAGUGAGGGGAGACUUCUCUAUUUGUAGGUGACUGAAGCUAAUGUGUUUAUCACCAGAGGUCAGAAAGACAGAGAUCUGUCGAAGAAACAAGUUUUGAUCUGAAACCCGCUCCACAACACCGCCACAUAUGCGAAAGUAGCGGAUUUUGUGAAUAAAACAAAGCUUUGUCAAGCGAACUUCUGUGAAGAGGGGAAGGAAAUAAGCCGGACACGGAUAUUUCUUUUUGGAAAUCGUAAUAUGAAAAAGGAGCAGGCCGAGAUAUUAGGUUUUGUCCCUCAGAAAGAGAUCGUCUACAACAAACUUCUCCCGUACGGAGACAAACUAGACCGCGAAUCCAAUGACAUUUUGGCCCAGAUUAAAGGGAACUUAGGUCGAGCUGUCCAGCUCCGUGAGUUAUGGCCCGGGGUUUUACUUUGGACUCGGAAGCUCUCCACGUACCUUCGGCUGUACGGGAGAAAGUUCAGCAAGGAGGACCAUGUGCUCUUCAUCAAGCUUUUGUACGAGCUGGUCACCAUCCCCAAGCUGGACAUCAGUAUAAUGCAGAGCUUUGCACGACUCCUCAUCAACUUACUGAAGAAGAAAGAACUGCUGUCCCGGGAUGACUUGGAAUUGCCUUGGAGGCCUUUGUACGAUCUCUAUGAGAGUAUCCUGUACUCAAAAACUGAGCAUCUUGGUCUUAACUGGUUCCCAAAUUAUCGAGCAGAAGCCUCAACUAAACAAAAAAUGCUUAGUAUUGUGCGCAAGCGCUCAGUGGAGAAUGUGUUGAAGACACUAGUCAAGAGCUGCAGACUUUAUUUCCCUGAGUCAGCCACACAGGAGAUGCUUGAUGAGUGGCGGCCAUUACUGUGCCCGUUUGAUGUCACUAUGCAGAAGGCCAUUGGUUACUUUGAGCUCUUCUUGCCCACCAUCAUGCCCCCAGAACAGCAUCACAAAGGCUUCAAGUUAUGGUUUGAUGAAAUGAUGGAUCUCUGGGUUUCAGUGCAAAACCUGCCUGCUUGGGAGGGUAAUUUAGUGAAUAUUUUUGCACGUCUGGCUAAUGACAACAUUGGCUAUGUGAACUGGGAUCCAUACAUUCCCAAGAUCUUCACCAGGAUUCUGCGUAGCUUCAAUCUUCCUGUUGGCACCAGCCAAAUGGUAAUUCCCAGAUACUUAACCAACUCCUACGAAAUCGGUCACGUGGUCCUCUGGAUUUCCUCCAUGCUUGGUGGCCCACAGAACCAGGUCCAGACACAGCUUAAUGGGCUCUUCAGUAGUAUAGCAUCUUUCUACCACCCUUCAAACAAUGGGCGCUGGCUGAUGAAGCUGAUGAAGCUUCUACAGCGUCUGCCUGCCAGUGUGGUUCGGCGGCUACAUCGGGAGCGCUAUAAGAAACCCUGCUGGAUCACCCCUGUUCCCGCCAGUCACAGACUCUCAGACCAGGAUGUGACCGACUUUGUGGAGAGCAUGAAGCAGCCAGUACUGAUGGCCAUGUUCAGCAAGACAGGCAGCAUGGAUGCAGCUCAGGCCUUGCAGAAUCUGGCCCUGAUGAGACCAGAGCUGGUCAUCCCACCUGUGCUGGAGAAGACGUAUCCUGCUAUGGAGACUCUGACGGAGCCGCACCAGCUUACUGCCACUCUCAGCUGUAUGAUUGGCAUGGCCCGCAGUCUUCUCAGCAGGGGCCGACAUUAUCCCGAAGGUCCCGCGCAUGUCCUGCCCCUGCUAAUGAGAGCACUGCCUGGUGUUGAUCCUAAUGACUUCAGCAAAUGCAUGAUCACGUUCCAGUUCAUUGCUACUUUUACUACUUUAGUGCCUUUGGUGGACUGUUCAUCAGCCCUCCAUGAGAAAAAUGACUUGACUGAGAUGGAGAGAGAGCUGUGUUCGGCUUCUGCUGAGUUUGAAGACUUUGUUCUGCAGUUUAUGGACAGGUGUUUUGCAUUGAUUGACAGCAGCACUCUGGAGCAGACGCGCGAGGAGACGGAGACAGAGAAAAUGACUCAUUUAGAGAGUCUGGUGGAGCUGGGCCUUUCAUCCACCUUCAGCACCAUUCUGACACAGUGCUCCAUGGAGAUAUUCAAGGUUGCUCUCGAGAAAGUCUUCAACUUUGCCACCACCAACAUCUUUGAGACUCGUGUCGCAGGCAGGAUGGUGGCAGACAUGUGCAGAGCAGCUUCUAAGUGUCACCCGGCUGAGUCUCUCAGGCUGUUUGUACCACACUGCUGUAAUGCCAUUACUCAUCUAACUGCCAAUGAAGAUGUUUCAAAUGAGGAAGAACUGGACAAAGAACUGAUCUGGAAUCUUCAGCUGCUGUCUGAGGUGACUCGUGUUGAUGGAGAAAAGCUCCUCCCGUACCGCACUCAGCUGGUGCAGACUCUGCAACUGACCCUGCGUUUGCGCUGUAAGCAGGGCUACACUCUGGCCUGCAACCUGCUGCACCAUAUCCUGCGUUCCACAGCACUCACUUACCCCACAGACUACUGCAGUGUGCCCGGUGGCUUCAACAGACCCCUGCAAGAGUACUUGCCCAUUAAGGACUGGGGUCGUCCGGGGGACCUUUGGAACCUGGAGAUCCAGUGGCACGUGCCCAGCGCAGAGGAAACGGCGUUUGUUUUCUAUGUUCUGGAUCUGCUGCUGCAGCCAGAGCUCCAGCGUCUGCAGAAAUACGCACAGGGAGAGCAGGAAAUGAGCAGAGAUGAUGUUCUUCAGAGCCUGUGUAUAGUCCAGCACUGUCUGCUGGGUGCUGGCAGCAUGUUCCCCCCUCUUGAUGGACCCACAAUCACUGGCCUUGUACCCAGCAUGGUUAGUUUGGAGGAAACAAAGCUGUACAUUGGUGUCGACUAUGAUGAGUCCAGAGAGAACUACCGUGAGGCCAUCUGUAAAGUGAUGAGACAGUUGCUUCAUUACAUUCUGGAACGCUCAGAGGAUGACACCAAAUCCCUUUUCGCCAUUAUCAAGAUCAUCAGUGACUUGAUGCACUUCAGAGGUUCCCACAAACAUGAGUUUGACUCUCGUUGGAAGAGUUUCACCUUGGUGAAGAAGUCGAUGGAGAACAGGCUUCAUGGGAAGAAACAGCACAUCAGAGCUCUUCUGAUUGACAGAGUUCUUCUUCAGCAUGAGAUGCGAAAGUUGCUGGUCGAGGGCUGUGAAUAUAAGACUGUUCAUCAGAACCUGUUGAGGGACCUUUUGCGUCUUUCCACCAGCACCUACAGCCAGGUCCGCAGCAAGGCCCAAAAUGUGUUGUUCACAGCAUUGGGGACCUAUAACUUCUGCUGCCGAGACAUUACUCCACGUGUCCUGGAGCUACUAGAGCCUACACGAACUGACGUCACCCAGCAACAGUUCAAGGGUGCGCUCUACUGCUUGCUUGGGAACCAUUGUGGAGUGUGCCUUGCUAACCUACAUGACUGGGAUUGCAUCGCUCAGACAUGGCCGGCCAUAGUGCGCUCAGGCCUCAGCUCAGCUAUGUCUCUAGAGAAGCCCUCCAUUGUCAGACUGUUCGAUGACCUCGCAGACAAAGUCCACCGGCAGUACGAGACCAUCGGCAUCGAUUUCACAGUACCUGAGAGUGCAGUUUUGCUGGGCCAGCGCAUCACCGAUUCAAGCCAGCCCUCUCCACACAUUGGCACUCCCACAGAACAGGAGCUGGAGCAGGGGCUGGCGCUUCAACAAGACAAAAACCAGGAUGCAGUGCAGAAAUAUGAAAAGAUUGUCAGAGACCUGUUGGAAUGCCUAGAUGACAGGGACCUGCCUUGGAAGUUUGAGCACAUUGCUAUUGGCUUCCUGUCUCUACUGCUAAGAGAUGACUAUCCCCUCCCGGCCCCAGCAGUGCUCUUCUUUGUACAGAGCCUCAACCAUGAUGCACUUGUUGUUCGCAAGAUGGCGAUCGCCGCUAUAGCAGGCAUACUGAAACAGCUGAAGAGAGAGCGCAAGAAAAUACCUGUUAGUCCCUGUGAUAUAAGUGGGGUAACCGAGCCAGAGGGGCUGGUGGCAGGAGACAGGCCGGGGAAUGACUGGCUGCAGUACCACGGUGACAGCCUGCCGAGCACCCAGCAGGACUGGGACCAUUUCUGCUUUAUAGAGAAGACACACUGGGGCUACUACUGCUGGCCAAAGAAGUUGAUGGUAUAUGCCCCAGCAGCAGAGCAGCCCAAGGAUCUUUCCGCUGAGAACAUGAAUGAGAGGGAGCGCAUCAUCUGUGACCAUUUCACAGACCCCAUGUUCAUCAAACAGCUUAUUGAGUUCCUGUCUCUUGAGGACCGAAAGGGCAAAGACAAGUUCAAUCCUCGUCGCUUCUGUCUUUUCAAGGGACUCUUCCGGAACUACAGUGAUGCCUUCCUGCCUGUUCUAAAGCCUCAUAUGGAGCGGCUGGCAAAUGACUCUCACGAGAGCACCCAGCGCUGUGUGGCUGAGAUCAUUGCAGGACUGGUUAGAGGCAGCAAGCACUGGAGCUUCAGCAAGGUGGAGGCAUUAUGGAAAUUCCUGAUUCCUUUGAUGCGCACAGCACUGUCCAAUAUUACUAUCGAGACCUAUGCUGACUGGGGUACCUGUGUGGCAACUGCCUGUGAGAGCCGAGAUCCACGAAAGCUCCACUGGCUUCUCGAGAUGCUGAUGGAGUGUCCUCUCAGUGGGGAAGGUGGAUCGUUUGUAGAUGCCUGCCACCUGUACGUGCUGCAGGGUGGUCUGGCACAGCAGGAAUGGAGGGUCCCAGAGCUGCUACACAGAUUGCUGAGUUAUCUGGAGCCCAAACUCACUCAGGUUUAUAAGAAUGUAAGAGAGCGCAUCGGCAGUGUGCUGACGUACAUUUUCAUGAUUGAUGUUAACCUGCCAUACACUCUGCCUACUAAGUCACCACACAUUGCUGAGUUUACUGAAAGGAUCUUGUCUCAGCUGAAGCCCCUGAUUGAGGGUGACGAGGAGAUCCAGAACCACGUGGUGGAGGAGAACGGAGUGGGGGUGCAGGAUGAGAGAACCCAGGCCAUCAAACUCCUCAAAACUGUUCUGAAGUGGCUGAUGGCCAGUGCGGGGCGCUCCUUCUCUACUCCAGUACCUCAGCAGCUACAGCUGCUGCCCCUGCUCUUUAAGAUCGCUCCCGUAGAAAAUGAUGACAGCUAUGAUGAGCUGAAGAGGGACGCAAAGACUUGCCUGUCCCUCAUGUCUCAAGGUCUCCUCUAUCCUGAGCAGAUCCCUAUGGUACUGAAGGUGCUACAUGAGAUUGCUGGCAGCAGCUCUUGGCAUGCACGAUUCUCAGUGCUAACAUACCUCCAGACAAUGGUGUUCUAUAAUCUGUUCACCAUACUGAGCAAUGAGCAGGCUGUUCAGGAUGUGAGAGCACUGGUCAUCAGGCUACUGGAGGAUGAGCAGCUGGAGGUGAGAGAGAUGGCUGCCACCACUCUCAGCGGCUUCCUGCAGUGUAACUUCUUGGCAAUGGAUGCCUCCAUGCAGACCCACUUUGAGGCUCUAUGCAAAACCAAAUUACCCAAAAAGAGGAAGAGAGGCUCUGUGGUGGACACUAUUCCUUCAGUCGAUCUGGUACGGCGUCAUGCCGGAGUGCUGGGACUCAGUGCUUGCAUCUUAUCCAGCCCAUAUGAUGUCCCAACCUGGAUGCCCCAGCUCCUCAUGGACCUCAGCGCACACCUCAACGACACGCAGCCUAUUGAGAUGACCGUGAAAAAGACUCUGUCUAAUUUCCGCCGUACUCAUCACGACAACUGGCUGGAGCACAAGCAGCAGUUCACAGACGACCAGCUCGUGGUGCUCACAGACCUUCUCGUGUCACCCUGCUACUAUGCAUAGACUGAUUGUGACAAUGUUGCUGCAGGUUUUAGUUUAGUUUAGUUGUUUUUAUUUUAUAUUCAAAUAAAAUAUCUUAUGCAUUCAUGAGGGUGAGAUGGGAGGACACAGAUGCUCAGGAUCUCCGCAUCUACAGCAGAACCUCUCGAACCCAGACCCAGGAGCCCACUAAACCACGAGCACACACACGAUGAGAGGAGGGCAGGAGGCACGUAUAGGCACAAAGGAGACACAAGAUGAGUGAUUUAACGACCUAGACAUAUACUCUGUACGUACUGUUUGUAUGUAUAUAUCUAGCCCAUGUUUUUGCAUUUCAACUAUACUUAAUAUUUAAGGUUUACCAGUGCAGGAAUGUACGGCCUGCAGUCUGUAAUAUUAUUGUACAGAUAGAUUUUUUUCCUCUAUAAUUCUGUGUGUUGACAUGAAGUGUGUGACGAAAGACAGAAUGCCUAUGGAUCGCCCCAUAAAUCCAACUCCAAAGCCCCCAUGAUGCUCUCUGGAGAGGUUCUCAGUGAUCUGAGCAUGUGAAGGUAGUCCAAUGACUGAAUCAGUUACGUUUAGAAUUUGAAACCUUAAGAUUUAAGAUUUUUCAUCUUUUUAGCAUUUUGUUUUCAGUAAACAUUUUACAG